CGAUCCAACCAGGUAUGGCAUCGCCAUCGUCGAGCGGUCCUCGCCGCCGACGCGCGAAGCGCGCCUGCGUCGGUGAUGGUUCGUGCUCCGCGACAGAGUCGACGGUGCAUGUUCCCGCCGACGAAUCGAGCUGGAGGGACUGGGCGAGCCUGUCGUUCGGGCCGGCGUGGCUGAUCGCGGACCGCGUGCUCGCCGGAGACGUCGCCCAGUACGUGCGCUUCCGCGCGGUGUGCACCGCGUGGCGGGGAUGCACCGCGGACCCGAGCGGCGACGCCCUGGACCGCCGGUUCCACCCGCGCUGCUGGGUCAUGCUCCGGGACGUCGUAACCCGUGGCAAGCGGCCUCGCUAUCGCUACAGCCGCUUCCUGAACAUCGCCACCCACGAGCAGAUCCGGAUGACAAUCCGGGGGCUGGACGGCCGCGGCGGCCGACUACAAAUCGCGUGCACGUGCGUGGGCCUGCUUGUCCUGGUAAACAAGAGGACCAACGGCGUGUUCGUGCUCAACCCGAUCACCGGCGCCCGCGCCGAUCUCCCGCCGCUGGGCUCGCUGCUGUCCAGCAACACGCGGGACUUUGUUCUCCCCAGAGCGCCCGGAGCGGGCCCCCUGAGUGCGGAGCUGACCAGUGAUUCGGCGGUCGUGAUCAACUUCGGCGGCGGCGGGUACCAGCGGAUGGGCAUCGCGAGACCUGGCGAUGAGCACUGGACCAAGGUGGAGUGCGAACACCGGAUCGGCGGCUCGGUCCUGUCGUUCGCAGGCGACGUCUACUGUUUCACGGCGGGUCCAAGUCGAACUCCCUUGGUGCUGGAGACCUCGCCAGACAAUCCGCCGAGGCUAGUCAAGUCCGACAAACAUCCUGACGACUUUAUAAAUGGUUUUAAUGAUGCUAUCAGUUUAAUGCUAGCCUAGUUGUGCGUAACAGCACGAACUUGAAUCUUCAAGGUUUCGUGCUGGUUGUCUUGUCACUGAACUUUACU